CUAUCACACACAUUCUGUGGUGCCUGUGGAAGAACAUGAAAUGUUUCUGUAGGACCACCAGUGUUCAAAGCUCCUGCAAGUCUUUGCAAGUUGCCAACACUUCUCUACUUCUGUCUGGAAAUACCUCUACAGUGAAGCCCACCAACCAGCCCAUGUAAAGCAUGAUAGGAGAGAAGCGGUUAUUGCCCUUGAUGCUAAUGUCUGUGCUGAGUUUACUAACACUACAGACAUCAUAUGGAGAGCCCUUGGCAGAGGAGUCCUGCACGGUUCAGAUCCUUGUCCCUGGACUCAAAGGAGAACCAGGGGAGAAAGGACAAAAAGGUGCACCAGGGAGACCAGGAAGAGUUGGCCCUCCUGGAGAGAUCGGUCAACCUGGGCUUAAAGGUCAGAAAGGCAUAAUGGGACGUUAUGGAAAAGUGGGCCCAAGUGGGAUGAAAGGGGUAAAGGGAGACAUGGGGGAUCCAGGUCCAAGGGGCCCUAAUGGAGAUCCCGGUGUUCCAUGCGAGUGCGCACCAAUGAGAAAGAUGAUUGGAGAAAUGGACAUACUUGUGGCCCAGCUCUCCUCUGAAUUGAAAUUCAUUAAAAAUGCACUGCCCUCCCCUGCAGCUGUUGCUGGCAUAAAAGAGACAGACAGUAAGGUCUAUCUGUUGGUGAAGGAGGAGAAACGCUACUCCGAAGCUGAGGUCUACUGUCAGACGAGGGGAGGGCACCUGGCCAUGCCCAAGGAUGAGGGAGCCAACACGGCUAUCGCAGGUUACAUAACCGAAGCGGGCCUGAAUAGAGUCUACAUUGGCAUUCAUGACCUGCACCGUGAGGGUGUUUUCACCUACGUGGAUCUCUCCCCUAUGACCACUUUUAGCAAAUGGAGAAAAGGAGAGCCCAACAACGCCUAUGAUGAUGAGGACUGUGUUGAGAUGAUGGCCUCUGGGGAGUGGACUGAUGUGGCGUGCCACCCUACCAUGUAUUUUGUUUGUGAAUUUGACAAGGACAGCGUGUGAGCUCAGUCUACACUAAAGAGACUGCUUUAAGAAAGGCUGCAUAUAAUGGAACAAAAGUUAGAUGUAUUGUUUGUGAUAUAGUCUGUCUUUUAUCUGUAUAUAGGAUGACAAAAUUAAAUGCAAGUUGUGCAAACUGG